GGGGCGGGUGUGGCCGGUCCCGGUGAGAUUACCGCGGACGUUCCAACUGCUGUGUGGUGGGGCCUCGGGCGUUUACGCUGGCGGAUGGAGGAGUUGGACAGAAAAAUCGAGAAAGAUGUCUAAGCAACAACCAACUCAGUUUAUAAAUCCAGAAACUCCUGGCUAUGUUGGAUUUGCAAAUCUUCCCAAUCAAGUUCACCGAAAAUCAGUGAAAAAGGGGUUCGAGUUCACACUGAUGGUGGUUGGUGAAUCUGGUUUAGGAAAAUCAACUCUCAUAAACAGCUUAUUCCUGACUGAUCUCUAUCCAGAAAGAAUUAUACCUGGAGCUGCAGAGAAAAUUGAAAGAACUGUCCAAAUUGAGGCUUCAACUGUUGAAAUUGAAGAGCGGGGUGUCAAACUUCGGCUUACAGUAGUGGACACACCUGGCUAUGGGGAUGCCAUCAACUGCAGGGAUUGGUAUGAAUCCAGAGGUUUUAAGACAAUUAUCUCCUACAUUGAUGAGCAAUUUGAACGCUACCUACAUGAUGAGAGUGGACUGAACAGGCGGCACAUCAUUGAUAACAGGGUACAUUGUUGCUUCUACUUCAUCUCACCUUUUGGACAUGGAUUGAAGCCUUUAGAUGUUGCAUUUAUGAAAGCAAUACACAAUAAGGUGAAUAUUGUGCCUGUCAUUGCGAAAGCUGACACACUCACUCUGAAGGAGCGUGAGCGGCUAAAGAAAAGGAUUUUGGAUGAAAUCGAGGAGCAUAACAUCAAAAUCUAUCACUUACCGGAUGCAGAGUCAGAUGAAGAUGAAGAUUUUAAGGAACAGACUAGACUCCUCAAGGCCAGUAUCCCAUUCUCUGUGGUUGGCUCCAACCAGCUGAUUGAAGCCAAAGGCAAGAAGGUCAGAGGUCGUCUCUACCCAUGGGGUGUUGUGGAGGUGGAGAACCCAGAACACAAUGACUUCCUGAAGCUGAGAACAAUGCUCAUCACCCACAUGCAGGACCUACAGGAAGUGACCCAGGACCUUCACUAUGAAAACUUCCGCUCUGAGAGGCUGAAGAGAGGCGGCAGGAAAGUGGAGAAUGAGGACAUGAAUAAAGACCAGAUCUUGCUUGAAAAGGAGGCUGAGCUUCGCCGCAUGCAGGAGAUGAUCGCAAGGAUGCAAGCGCAGAUGCAGAUGCAGAUGCAGGGUGGUGACAGUGACAGCGGUACACUCGGGCACCAUGUGUGAAAUGGUGUUUUCAUAUUA